CUCGUCUUUACGGACAGCUUAUUUAUGUAUUUGUUGUUAAUGUGUGAAAUAUUUAAAUCAUGACUUCGGUUCAUGUAGCUUUAGCGCAGGCCCAUAAGUCGACUGAUACAACCCAGAGAUUGCAUAAUUUAAAAAUUGUGGAAGCCAUUUUACUUGAGCAAAAACAGGAAGUUACUUUAAAUAACAUUGAAAGUGUUUUGUUGUUUUACACCGACUCUGAAAAUUCCUUACAACUAUUUGUAUUGUCUUUUAUUGAAAAGUUAUGUUCUUUAUAUGUCGAGGUCGCUUGCAUUCCCGCUCUUCAAACCUUGCUGAAGUUUUACAACACCCAUCCCUCUCCUGUUUUGCAGAAAAGAGCUAUUUUGACACUUUGUUCAAUUUACAAGCCUAUAUUUCAAUGGAUUAGCGCCUCUGCUAAGGUAGCGGCCGUCCACAGAAAAGCGUGGGAACUACUUUGUGUUCUUCGAGAUCGCAUAGUUCAUCUGAUCCCCUCUUCUGUCCCCGAAGCUGUGCGUCUCUCGAUCUAUAAAUACAUUCAGCGCGUAAUUUUGGUCCAGACUCCUGUUUCGUUUGAAGUCAGAGACCGUGGCGCCUCUCAAACUGAAGACAAUCUUAAUUUUAACGUCAGUACUCUUCCUUACGACCAUUCCCUGCUCUCCCGAGCGGAUUUAGUUACAGAGGCGAACUCUUAUGUUUCUUUACUUAUAAAUUAUCUUCGGAAUCCCGUUUCUGCCACUUCUUUAAUUGUUUUAACUAAUCUUCUGUCUGAGAUUGCGCGAAAGCGGCCCGACUAUUACUUGCCACGGGUCUUGCAAUCACUUAUCCGGUUAUGCCAGGCCUUCCCUGCUUUUCAACCUUACCAGCUUGUCUCUCUUAAGAAGCAAAUAAAAGUUCACUUUAUGGCUCUUCGGAGCGUGCCGCUUGCCAAAGACUUUUACUCGCAAAUCUCUGCCAUCAUAGAAUCCUUUGGAGGAAACAAGGCAGGGAAACCUCUGUAUCUUGAGCCCGGAGCCAGGGAAAAGCGAUUGCGGGAGGAGAGCUCCGAGCGGCUGCGGCCAAAGCGCACAAAGCCAGCGACUACUUCAGGCUCCUCUGCACAGCUGUUGAUGCGUUUGGAUGGCUUACCUCAUCACGUGAUAGUUGACCUGUUGUUAGCUCACCUUGCCCGGCUCCCGACCUCUAUGCCAGCGUCCUUUCCUCAAAUUAUGACGGUGGCUCAGUUAUAUACAAUCUCAAGCGCAACUCACAAAACCGAGCGCGCUUUUUCAAACGGAGUGCAAACGAGCAAUCUGAAAACACAUAUAGAUUUAAACUUAAAAUGCGUUCAAAAUGUCGAAGAUUCCUCGGGUCCCGCCGGGCCUGCGAGGGUGCUAGAACCUGCCACGGGGGCCGAUCCGAAGUCUAAGCAUACUCCCUUUAAAGUAAAGCCAGUUCCCCUAAAAAACUGCGACAAGUUGGCAGCCUUCAGUCGUCUAUUAGAUUCGGAAAACGACUUGUUUUUGCAGAGCGGCGCAAGGAAGAUAAGGCGCGCUCUUCUCGCUAAACUAGCACAGGUCCAACAGGUGUUUGAGAAGUAUAAGGAUCCCGCCCAUAGCGACUUCAACGACUUUACUGUGCUGCUGAGAGAUGUCCUUACAAAGGAUAUAAGGAAGCAUCAGACACUCGCCGUGGCAUGGUUAUACGAGGAGUACACCUCUGCCAUGCACAAGCGCAGGUUUGGUGACAAAGAGAUUCCCACUGCCUUGUGUGCCGGCUCGGGGUUUGCUAUUGAGGAGGCGCCUACAAACUCUUUUAAAGUAGACAUAAACACGACAGACCUUGAAGGGGCAGCCGGGCAAAUGUCACGGGGCGCCCCUCCCCAGUACCUUGAGCGGUACUUGGCAUGCUACGACUUUAUUGUCAAAAUUGUCAAGGGAAUUGUUAACAACGAGCAUCGGGAGACGCUCUUUAGACGGUUUUUACUGGAAGUCCCGGAGGUUUCCAUCGAAGCCUUCAAGGCUAUUGAAGAGUUUUGCAAUGACGAAUACCGCGCGAAGUUCGGGUUUGAGUCGUUAUAUGAACUCGUUUUGUAUCGACCCCGGUACCGCGCUUACUCUCUCAACACUUUGCUUGCCUUCACAAUCAUAGAAAAAAAACUCAUCCGAUCUCUCUCCGGGCAAGUCUGCGUUCGCCUUUGUGCAAUAGACGGUGAUAUCAAGGCCAAAAUUUGCAAUUUUGCGAUGAAGUGUUUGCGCUACUUAGAGCGCGAGCCGCCAGAUGACGUGCAGGAAGAGAGGAGCGCCGAUGACAGCGUUGAGCAACCCUCAGCAGGAGAUGCAAUUUCUACUGAUCCAUCCACCCAGGAGUCUGCUGACCGUCCGUCUAAAAGGUGGCCCCUUGAGUCGGUUCAGGCUUACUCCUCCCUCUUCUUUGCUCUUUGCAUGGAAACCCCUGAAUUUCUGAAAAGUCUUCUUCCCGUUUAUGCGCAAGUGAAAAGCGAGGUUCAACGUGGGUUUCUGCAGGCGGUCACACCCGUCGUCCUUAACUUCCACUCGGACGCCAUUUUCCAGAAACUUUUCCAGAAUGCGCCCGAAAAUUCUUAUCAGCUGCUUCUUUUUAUGCUUGAAAUAUACACAAAGCAUGAGCCCCCGAGCGAGGCGCUUGUGGACUGUAUCCAAGAGUUAUACGCCAGACAGAAGUACCCCGCGGAUAUAUUAAUACCAGUUAUAACGAAAUUACCAAAGAAAGAUAUACUUUCCGCGCUACCGAAGCUUGUUUUGCUUCGAGAAAAAGCAACGCUGAAGUGGAUGUCCUAUUUGCUGGAAAGGCGGUACGAGGGAGUGGCGCCGCCCAUUUCGCCUACCGACUUCCUUUUAGCCGUGCACGACAUUUCUGUGACCCAGCUGACUAGAGACGGUCUGCGCUACGUGCAUAGCCACUGCUUUGAGAUGAGGAGCGUUUUUACCCAGGAAGUGCUUGCAAACGUUAUACAACGGCUUGUGGACCGCUCGACCCUUCCCAAUCUGUUGAUGCCAACCAUCAUCAAAGCGCUCCUCACAUGGCCUAGCCUAUCCAACUUUGUAGUGAAUGUCCUGCGGCGGAUGGUGAGCAAGUCGAUUUGGCAGUACACAAGCCUCUACAAGUCAUUUGUCAAGACGUGUUUUAAAAUGGGUCAAAGCGGCUACAACAUUCUUCUAGAACUCCCGCCACGUGCUUUAGAGUCUGCCUUCAGCCUCCAUAGCGACUACCGCAGGACAUUAGCUGCCUACCUGGAGCUACAUCCGACCCUGAAUGUUCCAGAGUCUACCAAGAAGCUUGUCCUUGAAAGUUAGGCUUAGCGCCCCGGCUGUUGCUUUUCCUAAGAUUCUAAGAGGUUAGCACCCAAGAGCAUUGAUGUGGAGGUCGGAUUUAGCCAUGUGCUCUCCCUGCUAAUGGCAUUUCAUGCCGUGAGGACCAGAAAUAAAGUACGAGAAUCGUUUAUUUUGUCGACUGCUACUUUUGCCACGUGGUGGGAAGCGGUAGGAUUUAUAACCAUACAGGCCUUCCAACGAUCACGGUAUCGCUGCCGUACUGGCUAGAGGCCACGUUGACUAGUCUCGGCAGAUUGGCGUGGGGCUUCUAAGCAAGAUUAACUGUUACUUCGCCUAACCAACAUGCCAUAAUAAACUUUUAUUACUUUAA